AUGCUAACAGUUGAGAGGCCGGUCCGCCUGGCUGGUGGAAACAACCCCUGCUCUGGUAGAGUGGAGAUCCUCCACCAAGGACAGUGGGGCACAGUGUGUGACGAUGGCUGGGACAUGACUAAUGCUCAGGUGGUGUGUAGACAGCUGGGCUGUGGCAGGGUCCUGUCAGCACCACAUAAGGCAGGCUUUGGACAGGGCAGUGGGCCUAUUUGGUUGGAUGAUGUCACAUGCACAGGCAGCGAAUCAGAGCUCAGCGAGUGUACACACCGAGGGAUUGGAUCUCACGACUGUGGUCACCACGAGGAUGCUGGUGUGGUUUGUGAAGCUGGUUCACCAGUGAGGCUGGUCAACUCUGACCGCUGCUCUGGCAGAGUGGAGGUCUACCAUGAAGGACAGUGGGGGACAGUGUGUGACGAUUUCUGGGACCUGAACGAUGCCAACGUAGUGUGCAGACAGGUGGGCUGUGGCAGGGCUCGUUCAGCACUACAAAAUGCUCCUUUAGGACCGAGCAGUGGACCCAUCUGGUUGGAUAAUGUUGGAUGUUCAGGAAAUGAACCAUCACUAACAGACUGCACACACUCAGGGAUUGGAUCUCACAACUGCAAUCACCAGGAAGAUGCUGGUGUGGUCUGUGAAGCUGGUACACCAGUGAGGCUGGUCAACUCUACCAACCGCUGCUCUGGCAGAUUGGAGAUCUACCAUGAAGGACAGUGGGGGACAGUGUGCGAUGAUGGUUGGGGCUUGAAUGAUGCUAACGUGGUGUGUAGACAGCUGAGCUGUGGCAGAGCUCUUUCAGCACCACUAUAUGCAGCUUUUGGACAGGGCAGUGGACCCAUCUGGUUGGAAAAUGUUGGAUGUUCAGGAAAUGAACCAUCACUAACAGACUGCACACACUCAGGAAUUGGAUCUCACAACUGCAUUCACCAGGAAGAUGCUAGUGUGGUCUGUGAAGCUGGUUCGGUGAGGCUGGUCAACUCUGACAACCCCUGCUCUGGCAGAGUGGAAUUCUUACAUAAUGGACAGUGGGGGACAGUGUGUGACGAUAGCUGGGACUUGAAUGACGCUAAUGUGGUGUGCAGACAGGUGGGCUGUGGCAAAGCUGUGUCAGCACUACAAAGUGCACAUUUUGGACAGGGCAGCGGAUCAAUCUGGUUGGAUGAUGUCUCUUGCUCUGGGAAUGAACCAUGGAUAACAGACUGUGCACACCGAGGAUUUGGGGUCCACGACUGUAGUCACCAUGAAGAUGCCAGUGUGGUCUGCGAACCCAAUUGA